AUGCCCCCAAGAUUCCCCGUCCUCUCCCCCGAGGUAAGAAUCCUGGAGGGGGAGAGCCCUCCUUUAAGUCUAUCAGCCUGUGAAAACAGAAAGGGGGGAUAUCGGGCAGGGAAUCCUCCAAUUGGAGUGACGACCCCGCCGCCGCCGGUGGAGACACACUUACCUCCCCCAGGUCCCCUUCCCAAGGCGACACACCCAUCUCGACGGACUCCUCAUGAGAUGGCGGGCCCACCUCGGCUGGCUCCUCAUGAGGUCAUGGGCCCACCUCGGCUGGCUCCUCUUGGGGUGGUAGCCCCACCUCGGCUGGCUCCUCUUGAGGUGAUGGGCCCACCUCGGCUGGCUCCUCUUAAGGGCCCACCUCGGCUGGCUCCUCUUGAGGUGAUGGGCCCACCUCGGCUGGCUCCUCUUGAGGUGGUGGGCCCACCUCGGCUGGCUCCUCUUGAGGUGAUGGGUCCACCUCGGCUGGCUCGUCUUGAGGUGGUGGCUCCACCUCUGCUGGUGCUUCUGGAGGUGGUAGGUCCACCUCGGCUGGUGCUUCUUCGUCAGGCAGGGGGGGGGGGGAGCGUCACUCCCCCACCUACCCACAACUGUUUGAUCCUCGUGAUUCAUUUUCUAUGA